AGUGCUUUGGGUUCAGGAAGCUUUACUCUAUAGCGCUGCCAACCUUUGUAGUGUUGACUCAUGGACGAUACGUCUUCGAUGGCGGCUGAGCUUACGCGGCCAUCCACCGAGCUCUGCGUCUUUCUUCAUUCGCGGCGGGGCUGUGCGAAGGGCGAUCAGUGUCGCUUCUCACAUCUCCCCUGCAGUGAGGACGGUAUCACACGACCCCGCAAGGCACGACGCCAGCGCAUGAAGGAACGCAUUUUGCAAUGCUUUGUGGGCACCGACUUCGACGUGAUGCAGGUGGCUUUGCAAAGGGAAGCACAACGACAUCCCUAUGCUCGCAGGGUGAUUCAAGGCUACCUCAACAACGCGUCCUUCAUUCACUUUGACAAAGAUGAUGCCGGUGAGUUUGCAGUCAUUUCAGUGUGAGACCGGCCACGUCGCACCGACCUGCGGUGAUUCGGGUGCACCGACCUGAUCUCGCCAAUACCUGGUAUGGUGGAAUCUGUCCACAGACAGGACCCACUUGGUUAAUAUUGAGAGGGAUCCUUCUUCGUGUAAAACACAU